AGUGAGCUCGCAGUACGCGUGCACACCCCAUAACGCAUAGGGUGCGACCAAGGGUAUGACGUUGGUUUCAUGGGUUGAAUAGAAUCACCUUUUAUAAGCCGAAAUGAUGCUUGUUUUAGGGUUCGCCAUGCAAAGAACACCUAAUUGCCCAAACUGCUGCAGGAACUUCAGCUUUAGAGAGAUAAGCAAGACAAAGAAGGUGCACCUUCCGUUACUCCUGGAAUGUGGCCAUACUUUCUGCGAUAGCUGCAUUAUCAAGCUUUCUCGACUGCAGAAGACUCAAGUUACAUGCCCAGAAUGUCAGCAUGUGACCCAACUAAAGGCUGAGGGAAUUGCAGGGGUGCUGGAACUGCAGCCUAAUGUCCAUGUUAUGGGUGUGUUAGCAGCCAAUAACUACAAACGCUCAUUGAUUGAGAAUGUAACUGCAAGAGCACUACCAGACAAUACCCGGCUUAACAGUAAGGAUGGAGUGAGACAAGCAAUAGCAGAGGUUGCCAAACAGAAAAAAACAGAGCUCGCACAAAAUACAGGACUAAAGUGUGAGGAGUGUUUUAGAGUCACAGCGACCAGUCGAUGUAUCAAGUGCGAGUGUGUCUUCUGUGCUUUGUGCUUUGAAAAGGUCCAUUCCUCAUCCCACACACUAAGGAGACACAAGCCUUACCCUAUCUCCAAGACCAGUUUGGGAUCCGAAGCUGGUUGCCCAGAACACAAAAACAGACCACACGAGUUCUUUGACCGUACAGAGAAUCUGCCAGUGUGUUCACACUGUGCGGUGACUGGUGAGCGACAUGGGCAUGAUAUUGUACCGAUCUCAGAUGUGGUUGAUGAUUUAAAACAACAAUUUAAAAGCAGUCUUGAAGAUGGACAGAAAAUUAUCCAGCAUUUGGAAAGAUCACAGAAGAAACUGUGUCAGGCAGUGUCUCAGGCCAAAUCCCAGAAGACCCAGCUUGCAAAUGAGAUUCGGGAGCACUUUCACUACGUCAAUGCACUGUUGCAAAUAAGGGAAACUGCUCUGAUUAAAGAGCUUGAAACACCCCGUGAAGAUGAGGAACAGUUGGAAAUGUCCAUCAGUGAGAAUAUAAAAAAGAGCAGAAACGUUAUUCAAGACUUAGAAGUUGUUCUCAUGGUACCGACAAUGCUAAUGAAUAAGUCCAAAGAGAUAAUGGACGAUUUGAAGAAAUUGAAGGAAAUGCCAUGCGUUGCAGUGAAAACAACAGACUCAAGAGACAAUGGGCCAAGGUUCGUGGUUGAUAAAGAAUACUUGCGGUCCAUAUCAAAUUAUGGAGGACUUCAGAAUACCAGCAGCUUAAGCUUACAGCUGAAGAAAUUAGAUGAGGCGGAGGACAAAGAUCUACUAGAUGAUACUUCAGACGAAGAACCUGCACAAUCCGACCAGCCAGAACCUGGUCCUGAGAUAUUAGAUACACCAGGUCAAGAGGAGCGCUCUGCUAACCUGACCAGGAGUGUUGCAGCUGCAAAGCUUCUCAGUAUCCCUUACCGACAUGAGUUGGUCCAGGUUACCCACAUCAGAGACCCUUGCUACUUUAUGGUCCAGCGACUUGCAGAGCAGGAUCAAGUCAAUGCCAUGAUGAAUGCCAUUCAGAUUUACUGUAGAGAAGCUGAUACAGAGGAUCUAGUCUUUGAGGUCAACGUUGGAGACAUGGUGUGUGCCCAGUUCUCGGCUGAUAAUCUCUGGUAUAGAGCUCGAGUCAUCAACAUAUUCUCUGACAAUAACCCCAAUGUGGUCCCAACCAUUGACAACAACAUAAGCGUAGAAGUCACCUACAUGGACUUUGGAAACACCGAGUGGCUUCCACUUACAAGGAUGCGUAAAAUGCCCACUCAGUUUCUGGAAGUGCCUGACCUCGCUGUCAACUGUUCGCUGAUGGAUAUUGUACCACCAUUUAAGGAAGAGAAAUGGCCAGCCAAGGCUAUCAAAGCAUUUGGAAGUCUGACAGGAGACAAACCACUUCUGAUGACCGUGCUGAGGCGACGCGGUGGGAGCCGGAUGUACGUCGAUCUCAAGAAUCCUGACAAUGACGAGCCCACACAUGAUGAUGAUCGGCCUGCCUCUGUACGAGAUGCCUUGGUCUUCCUGGAGGUGGCUUGCUUCAGGAGUCCAGCCUCUGUACCAGAGGGGCACACAAUGUUCCCAAUGCGUAGCUAUAAAGAUCCUGUGCUACUUGAAGAUGGACAAUUUGCGGAUGUUCUGGUAUCACAUGUUACUGGGCCAGAUGAGAUUUUCCUUCAAAAGUUGCACAGUGAAGAGGUUGUCAAGCUAAGUGGCAUAAUGAACGAGAUGUUGAAGUUGUAUAACACCAAGAGGCGAGGGAAGGACAACAGCAGAGUUCUUUGGCCGUAUAGAGGUCUUGUGUGUGCUGCCCGGUUCUCGGAAGACAAAGUUUGGUAUCGUGCCGUUGUGACAGCCGUAUACAGUGACGAGACAGUUGAUGUCAGUUAUGUGGACUACGGCAACUUUGAGAGGCUUGCGUUUUCUGAGAUCAGGAAACUACCGGACAUAUUUCUUAAUCUCCCGAAACAGGCUAUACAUUGUCAGCUUGUGGACAUCAAGCCAUUUGGAGAGCAAAAAACUUGGUCUGACCAGACUCGGGAAACUACAUGUAAUCUGCUGCUCAAUAAGUCAUUCGUAGCACAAAGAAAAGGUCUGACCAAUGGCGUGAUGGACGUGAUACUCACUGACACGUCUACAGACAAAGAUCUUUGCAUCAAUUCCUUCCUGGUGAUGAUUGAGCAUGCGCAAACCGCCGGUCUUGGCAUCAUUAAAGCUGAUGAUAUCACAGGAAAGAGCGUGCCAGAGGAACAAUCGCAGAGCUGUGCACAAAAUAUUAAUGAUAGUGAGCCGACUUGUGACCAAGAACCACUAUCAGACGGGAAAACUGAAGAGCAGGAUACAUUUUCAGAGGGAGUAUCGGACACUACACGGUCAGUCGAUGAUGGACCUGAGGUAGAAAUAGAGGAAGACAAUGAUGAAAAACCUCCACCCGAGAUAAAACAAAAACCGGAGGCAAACAAUGAAAAACCGACAAACACAGACGUACCGGAAGCCACCAAACCGGAAAAUAAACAACAGACGUCUGGUAUUGAUGUGGCGAAAUCUCGCAAAUCGGAAGAACCGGAAGUGAGCACACCGGAAGUUAGUCAGACCGAGAGCAAAAUCCAGACACCUGGCUACCCCCCACCCGUAAUACCACAGGCUAGGCAAUUCCAGGCAGGUGUGACGUACGUCGGUAUGGAUGGAUCCAUCUACGCCCAGGAAAUGAAAGAUGGCGAUCAAACCCUUAUCAACAUCAUGAAGGAUCUCUUGAGGAAGUACACCGACGAUCCCGAGACCUCUAGCGCGCCCACUAGCGUCCAGUCUCUGGCUGUUGGUCAGCCCUGCGCGGCGCAAUUCGCUGAUGACGGCAUGUGGUAUCGCGCCGUUGUCAGCCGCUUCCAUGGCAACGACCGUGUAGAGGUGAACUACGUGGAUUUCGGUAACUCUGAGUUGGUUGCACUCUCAGCCCUUCGUACGGAUAUGCCAUAUUUGCAUGUACCGCGACAGUGCUUACAGCUGAGGCUUCACGGCAUUCGACCGGCUACCCCGGACGGCAGCUGGUCUCCUUCAAUCAUCUCUAAGCUGAACAGCUUGGUGGUUGGCAAGGACUGUGUCGCAUUGCAAGAGGGAGAAGCUGUCCCCGGCAAGCCGCUAGAGGUUCGGCUCUGUCUCCCAGAAGGCAUCAGCAUCACAGAGUUACUUCUUGCGCAGGGACUGGUACGACCUACAGGCCAGGCUGCUGUAGUCGUGCCCAGUCCCCAGGUUAUCCCGGCUGGUGCGCGGAACAGGCCUCCACCAAAAAAUGUGGAGAAGUCAAGAUUAUCCGCAGCGCAGGCGCAAAUUCACGCCAUGCUGAUAAGUGCACGCGAAGCCGAUAGUAUGGUGUCACGCACAGAGCUACCGCAAAUUGGCGUGACAUUUGACGUGACAGUCACGCACGUGAGUGAGCCCGACUGUAUCUAUAUUCAGCGGGUACCCCCACCAGAAACAGAUGAUAUGGACAUCUACGACGCAGACCCUACGCUGAUUUUGGCCGAGGACGAAUUAGAGAGACUGGAGCGAAUGGCAGAAAAGAUCAACGGGCCGGAUUAUUUCAAGAAUUUCGAACCACUCGCAGCUGCGCAGAAAGGCAUGUUAUGCUGCGGACAAUACACAGAAGACGACAUGUGGUAUCGGGCCCAGGUCAUCUCGGUGGAGUCUGGCAACCCCCUCAGUGCGCAUGUCCGAUACAUAGAUUACGGGAACGACGAGGUGUUACCCCCAGCAAGGUUACGCGGUUUCCCGUCCGAGCUACUCGACCUUCCGAUCCAGGCCACGCGCUGCCGCCUCGCUGAUAUUCAACCACCAGGGGAGACUGCAGAUCCAAGCGCUGGCUCUAGCUGGCCUGAGAAAACAAAAGACGUACUAAUACAAAUUGUUGUGGGGAAAACGCUGACCGCUAAGAUCGUGUGUUUUGGUCCGCCUGUGUGCAUUUUGCUGUAUGACCGUGUACCAGAUGACGGAGGAGCAGGAAAAGACAUUUCUGUUGGUAAACUACUGGCAGAACAGCAACUUGCCAAGUACAUUGGCACUACCACUAUGGCCAAUACCAGCUCAAAUAAAGGUCUCCCUAGACCGGAAAUCGAUAACGCAAAUGUCUCAGAGUUAAAGGCUAAAGCAGACGCGAGCAAUGUAGCAUUGACUUCGGCCGGAAGUGCUGCCAUUCUGUUAUCUCCACAGGAGUUUUUGACAGGUACUAAAAAAGCGCAGAUAAAACUACCAAAUCCUACAAAUGUUCAAAGUAAAGAUGCCACUGACAUUGCCAUGACAACAUCACCGUCUAAACCAUGCAGUGUUUCCGGUAAUGUCGUUGUUGAGGGUCAAAGCUUGCCUGACCAGGGUGGUAAUGGUAGUACUGUCUUUGCGAAGGCAUCUGAUGACACUGAUGCUAAACCGGAAACAGCGUCAUCGGAGCGAAAAGAAGACGUCACUCGACCUAUCACUUCCGGUACGUCAGUGUAAGCAAUUCAGCUCUCGUUCUACGUAACUCUCGAUGUGUCUCAUCUUACGAUUCUUUCAUCGAGUCUGUAACCUCUCCUGGCGUUACGUACGUCAUGGUCACGCAAACCAGGGACGUGCUAUUGGCGUCACGAAACCAGGUGUCAGAGUGAAGCAUGGUAACGCAACCAUGGAUUUGUUAUUGACAGCUGUACGGUCACGCAGUGUCGAUUUGUUAUUGUUUUCACAUAUGGUCACGCAAUCAAAGGAGUCUUACACUACGGUCACGCGACCAAAAGUAACGUAUGCUUACGCAACGUGCGAUUCGGUGAUGGUGCCACUGUGAUUAAUGGAAAACAUUUAUUUUGUGUCACAAACUGUCACGUUGAUUUGGCAGUGGUGUCAUGCAAUCAAUAAAUGUCAGGUAACACGAAACAGUAAGCUGUUAGUCACGCUGUGCCUUAUCAAGAUGAUGCCGUGUCACGCUAUCCCUUAUCAAGAUGAUACCGUGCCACGCUACCCCUUAUCAAGAUGAUGUCGUGUGACACUAUCCCUUAUCAAGAUGAUGCGGUGUCACGCUACCCCUUAUCAAGAUGAUGUCGUGUCACGCUACCCCUUAUCAAGAUGAUGCCGUGUCACGCUACCACUUAUCAAGAUGAUGUCGUGUGACACUAUUCCUUAUCAAGAUGAUGCCGUGUCACGCUAUCUCUUAUCUAGAUGAUGCCGUGUCACGCUACCCCUUAUCAAGAUGAUGCCGUGUCACUCUCUUAUCAAGAUGAUGCCUUGUCACGCAACACCUUAUCAAGUUGAUGCCGUGUCCCGCAACCCCUUAUCAAGAUGAUGCCGAGUCACGCACCAUUUCACUCACGGAACAUUAGAGACUUUGUGCGAGUCUUUCAACGCUUGCGGUAUUUUUUGGAUCGGGUCGGACGCGUUAGUUUUGUUCGCCUUGAUCUUUUUACAAGGUUAGGUGAUCUUUUACCCUUGAGAUUACAAGGUGGAAAAUAAAUGGUUAAAAUAUUAUUUAGCAUUA